CUAAUUAAUAAACGGAGGAAAACAAUUUCCUUUGGAGGCACACAUUAUUCCAUAUUUGGUGCUGUUGUUAAUGGGUGGUGCGAGCUUUUUUAUUUAGGCAACAAGGAAAGAAGAGCAAAGGAGAGGGGAGAGAGACAGAGCUAGCUCCAGAGGAGAAAGAAAGAGGGAGCUCAGAGCUCUCCUUUUUCUUCUGGAAUUGUUAUUUUAAUCCCGGGAUCUGAUUUUGUCCCCAUAUUGGGAGGAUUGAUUAUCCCCCCCCCCCCACCCCUUCUGCUCCCCUCUCCCCUUAGCCCGAAGAAGAUCAGCUUUGUUGUGGAUGCAAUCCCUGCCUGCCUUGUUGCCUGCUCCCCAUAACAAGAGCGCACCCUCAGGUCUUCCCUCCCAUUUUCUUAUUGCCUUGCCUUGUACCAUCGUCUCCUCCUCCUUCUUGCUGCUGCAGCAGAAAAGAAUUGCUUGGUCCCUGCAUAUUGAUCAAAAAACGUUGUUCGUAUUGGUAACACGCCGGUGAAGCAUCUUUGAGGAGCCUCAUUCUAUUGGUUGAACAAGGUGAGCUGUAAGCGAAAGGUUUCAAUCUUCUGCUGAAACUUGAUUCAUCGAGUCGAUAUCCAACCUGGCUCUGCAUACACAUCUUUUGCAGUAAUCUUGAUCAGUAAGUGGCCAAAACUGUGAGAUGGCUACUUAUUACUCGAACCCUGGUAGUGAAAGGGACUCGCAGAACAUGUACUCGAGAGACCCGAGCAACGCAUCUUAUCCUAUGCCAUCGGCUCUAGGGAACUUGCUUUAUCUGAACAAUCCUACUUCUGGACCAUACACCGAGUUCAGUGGCGUUCUGCAGUCUCAGCAGAAUUGCAUGGAGAUGCCUAACGCUGGCCAUCAUUCAGUGAUGUCCCAAGACUCAUCUGCAAGGGAGUCCGACAUGCUUGGUUCCCAUCAAGAGCAACGUUCUUUCGGUCCUGUCAAAGAUAUGAAAAACGAGAUGUUGAUGCAUAUGAUGGAUGGAUCACAAAGUAGCACUGCUGAUCUCAUCCAUGACAAUGCCCACAAUGGUGCACAGCUUGAGUUUGGUGUUCUGAACAACCACAACUCAUCAGUGCAAGGCCAAGGUUUAUCUCUGAGCCUCAACACACAAAUCCUGGCACCUUCCUUACCAUACUGGUCUGUCAAGCCAGAUAUCUUGUCGCCGCACUCGUACCAUGACAGUCUUAGAGUUGAAGACAUCCGAAUGAAGAGUAUGCAGUCUGAGGCCUCACGUGCAAUCCGGAACUCAAGGUAUCUGAAGGCAGCACAAGAAGUGCUCGAUGAGGUUGUGAACGUUUGGAAGAAUAUUAAGCAGAAAGCUAAAGAACAAGGCGAAGCCGGAAAGACAGAUGGCAAAGAGACCGAGGGAGGGCCAAAAAGUGAGGGUGUGUCCUCGAACCCGCAGGAAUCUGCUGCCAAUGCGGCACCUGAGCUUUCUACUGCUGAAAAGCAAGAGCUUCAGAACAAGAUGGCAAAACUGAUGGCAAUGUUGGAUGAGGUGGACCGAAAAUACAAGCACUAUUACCACCAAAUGCAAACCGUAGUUUCAUCUUUUGAUGUGGUAGCUGGGCCCGGAGCUGCCAAGCCUUACACUGCAGUUGCUCUUCAGACAAUCUCACGACACUUCCGGUGCCUGAAGGAUGCUAUCAAUGAUCAAAUCAAUGUCAUCAGGAAGAAGCUUGGUGAGGAGGAAAAUUCAUCUGCCAAGGAGGGCAGAUUAACUCGACUUCGGUACAUUGAUCAACAUCUAAGGCAACAGCGAGCUUUCCAACAGUAUGGCAUGAUUCCACAAAACGCUUGGAGGCCACAGAGAGGACUUCCUGAGAACUCUGUUACGAUUCUUCGUGCUUGGCUCUUUGAACAUUUCCUUCACCCGUACCCAAAAGAUUCUGAAAAAUUGAUGCUAGCAAGGCAAACAGGCUUGACAAGGAGUCAGAUUUCAAAUUGGUUCAUCAAUGCCCGUGUCCGCCUUUGGAAACCAAUGAUUGAGGACAUGUACAAAGAAGAGAUUGGUGAUAUAGAGCAAGACUCCAACUCUUCCUCUGACAAUGCGCCAAGAAGCAAGGACAAAGUGGCAUCUUCUGAAGACAAGGAGGACCUGAAAAGUAGUACGCAUCGAGUUUGUGAGACCAGCCAGCUGACGGAGUCGAGAGCCAGCAUUGGGACAAUGAACGUUGGGUUCCAGAAUGAGGCCAACCCUGAUGACAGUUUCAUGAACCUAAUGCUCAAGGACCAACGAUCAAACGAAGCAGAUGGCGGCCUCCUCCAUAAUGCCGUCGCUCAUCAUCCAGAUGACAAUGCGCGAUUCAUGGCCUACCACUUGGCAGAGCUUGGGAGAUAUGGAAAUGGCAACGUUUCGCUGACACUGGGCUUGCAGCACUCCAGCAGCAGCCUCUCAGUUCCUAAUGCCCAGCAGAGUUUCCCCGGUGUCGGAGACGAUGACAUCUACAAUGCUACCGCUCAUCUUGGUGUCAGCGUUGUAUCUUCAGACUACGAAUCGAUGAACCAGAUGGAUCAACGGCAACCGUUCGAGCAAUCACCUCUUCUGCAUGAUUUUGUGGCCUGAACGCUCAUACCUCAUGGCCAUGGGCUAAAAGAUUUGUAACACCUGCUGGGUGAAUAACAUGCCUAAAAGAGCAUUGGGUUGUAGCCUGUAGUUGCAAUUUGAUACAGAUUGGAGGUAUAGCAGGAAAUGUAAUAGUGUAGGUUGUGGAGGUGAUAGGGUAAAGGAUCUUGUAAAGAUAAACACAUUAUACUAUACGUGUAAAAGCUUGUGAUUUGAACACCA